AUGGUGGGCUGGAGGGUGGCGGUUCUCUGUCUGUGGGUGUCCUGCGGUUCUGACGCCAGACGGCUGGAAUACUCAGCGUUGGAGGAGACUGAGCGGGGCGUGGCCGUGGGCAAUGUUUCCGCGGACUUGAAGCUGUCAGCGGCCGCUCUGACCGAGAGGAACUUUCGCUUCCUUUCCAGCCACCGCGAGCCCUACUUCGGGGUGGAUCUGGCCAGCGGUAGCUUGGUAGUCCUAGAGCCCGCGGACUGCGAACGGCUGUGCGGCUGUCGGCUGUGCGGGACCAAAGCUGUCUGCGUCUUGACCUAUGAGCUGGUGCUCGAGGACCCGCUGGAGCUACACACGAUGCGAGUUCACGUCGUGGACAAUGACAAGUCGCCUCUUUUCCCUGCCGGCGACGUGCAGCUGCACAUCCCCGAGUUCCUGAUGCCCGGAGCCUGCUUUACCCUCCCUAAUGCCCAAGAUGCUGGCGAGGGAAGCAACAGGGUCCUAAACUAUAGUCUGAGCCCCAGCCAGCGCUUUCACCUGGUGAUGGGAUCGCGGGUCGACGGCAGUGAAUACCCGGAGUUGGUAUUAGAGAAAGCGCUGGAUCGGGAGCAGCGCGCCACCCACCAGCUGGUGCUCACCGCUAAGGACGGCGGGCAGCCCGCGCGCUCCGGAGACGCACUUACCAUCAUAGUGGUGGAAACAAACGACAAUGCGCCGGUAUUUAAGCGCACAGUAUACCGCGCCACGUAUAAGGUCAUUUGUAGCAUGUCCAGUGGAGGCCCUUUUAAGCUGAAGGCUUCCUUUGAUAACUACUACAGCUUGCUGACUGAGGGGCCCCAGGACCGGAAGCAGGUCAUCGAAUACCAGGUCCUGAUCACUGCGUCAGAUAGUGGCUCACCCCCAUUGAGCACCCGCGGGACACUAAUUGUGUUUGUUGCUAACGUGAAUGACAAUUCACCAAGCUUUGCUCAACCACAACAGGAACUUUUUGUGGCUGAAAACAAUGGUCCUGGGGCCUCUCUAGGCUGACUGUUGGCCGGAGAUCCUGACCUGGAGAAGAAUGGCCUUGUCUUCUAUGAGCUGUUGGAUGUUAUCUCUGAGACAGCCUCUAGCUUGGUGGCAGUAGAACCAUCCAGCGGGGUUAUCACUGCCAGAACUCCCUUUGACUUUGAGCAGCUCAAGGGGUUUCACUUCCAAGUGGAAGCCCAGGAUGGUGGCAUUCUUCCCAGAAGUACAACAGUGACUGUGAAGUUGUUUGUGGUAGAUAGGAAUGACAAUGCUCCAGUCCUCUUGUUUCCCUUGCCCAGAAAUGGCUCUGUUCCUGUGGAAAUUGUGCCUUGCUCUGCCAGAACUGGACACUUGGUCACAAAAGUGGUAGCAGAGGAUGCAGACAGCGGUUCUAAUGCUUGGCUUUCCUACCAUAUUUCAUACCAUAUUUCUCAGGCUUCUGACUCUAGCCUUUUCAGAGUUUCCUCUAGUAUGGGAGAGCUACAUACCGCCCGCUUAAUUCUUCCCACUGAUGGAAUGAAACAGAGAGUGGUGGUAGUAGUUAGGGACCGUGGAGACCCACCACUUUCCUCUUCCAUCACAUUGGGUAUACUAUUGAGCAACUGUGUGCCUUGGGUCCUUCCAGACUUUGAAGAUACCUGGGAAACAGAAGGCCACCUUUCUACCCAGAACCUGUAUUUAGUAAUUGCCCUAGCCUGUAUUUCCUCUUUAUUUCUGGGGUGCUUGCUUUUCUUUGUGUGUGUCAAGGUGAAUUAGAGCCCAGUUUGUUGUUCUCAAAGCUGCUGUCACUCUCCAGAGGGACUGAGGUAUGGGAGGAAGAUGGCUUCGAAUCCUUGUCUGACAUCAGUGACAAUAGAUGUCACUAUGGUUGAGAGACUCUCUCAGACCUAUCUCUAUCAGGCAUCUCUAGGACUUGGUUCUGAUAAUAACAGUUUGCUACUGUGUGGGGAAUACAGUGCUGCUGACCUGAGAAAUCUGGCUGCUGGGGUAGGACUGAAUUUGCCAGUAUCCUGUAUUCACAUUUGGAAUAGGAAAGGGGAUACCAUAAAUGUCAAUGCCAAGUUAAGCACAUUUUUGGGGAUUUGA